AUGGGAAGAACUACGGCUUUGGGCUUAUUAGCUCUAAUAGCGUCAACACUUGCUCUGCCAACCCCGCAACCCCACUGUCCCUGCGAAACACCACAACCAUGCCCGUCAUGCCAACCCCAACCCCAGCCUUCGCCGUGCGAUCUUUUCUCGCCUUCCUUCGAACCCACGCCUUGCCCGUUCGAGCCGUCACCUAGCCCGUUUAACCCGUGCGACCCGUGCAAUCCCGAUAACCAGUGGAACACGGGAAACCAGUGGAUUCCGGGUAACCAGGGAAACCAGUGGAACUCUGGAAACCAGUGGAUCCCGAGCAACCAGGGACACCAGUGGAUUCCGGGGAACCAGGGCAACCAGUGGAUCCCGGGUAACCCGGGUGGACUUAUCUACCCGCUGUGGAGUGGACCUAUACCCACCAGGUGCGGCAAUGGCCCCAUAAAAGCAUCGUAUCCCCGCACGGAUGUGGCCAAUCCCCUGCAGUCUGCGGGCUUCAGGGCUAUGAAGGUUCCAGGAGGAACCUUCUUUGUCAAGGCAUCACCUAACGUCGUGAUCCAGUUGCCACCGAUCCUAGUUCAACCAUCACCAUUGGGCCCAAUCCAGCCUCCAUCGAUGGUGGUCAGACCACCCCGCCAGCCACCGAUCAUCCCCCCGCCAGUGCUCGUGCGGCCACCGCGUCUACCCCCCAUCACUCCACCACCGAUCACUGUUCGACCCCCACCACCACCGCCGAUAUACCCCCCACCUAUCGUAGUCCGACCACCCAGGCUCGGACCAAUACAACCAAACCCUAUCAGGGUCAACCCACCACAGUUACCCAAUAUUCGUCCAGACCCGUUCCUUAUCAGAGUACCACAACCUCAAAUCAAUAUUAGAAACCCGUGUCUGUAUAACCCGUGUCAUUACCACCCGUGCAAUCCGUACCCGAGCCUGUGCGACCCGUGCCCGAGCCCGUGCGAACCGUGCACACGUCCGUGCGAACCGUGCACACCUCCGUGCGAACCGUGCACACAUCCGUGUGAACCGUGCGAGCCUCAGCCCAGCCCUUGUGAUCCGUGCCACCCGUUAUAUUAAAACGCAUAUUUAAAUAACAUUGAAACAUCUUUCAUAAAAUAUGAAAUGGAUUUUUAUCUGGAUCUUUAUAUUUCAACGAAUGGCGAUAGCUUGCCUUUCAAAUUAAAGUAGUAUAUUACGCUUUUUCAGUUUCAAUGUUAGUUUAAAUAUGAAGUUACAGAAUGACCCAAAAAUAUUUAAACAGUAUUUUUCUUACUUUUAAAAUAUUGCAUGAAAAAUUAAAGCUACAAUCAGAUUUGUUUUGGGAACUCGAAGUCUUUAAAAGAAAAUAUUUGCCAUUCGUUUUUAUAUUUAUCCUACCAACUCAAGUUUAUAAUAAACAUCAUAACAGUUUUUUUGGGUCAUCUUAUAAAAUCUAUUGAUCUCAUAUACUUAAGGUCUGUAAAGCAGAGACAAAAGAAGCUUAAGAAAAAGUAUGUCUCUCUUGUCCCCAUGACUUUCUACUGCUUGUGUUUAAGAUUUUUGGCUCUAGAGUCAAAUAUCGAUGAUUUUGCUAUGUUAAUGGUUCCGAUAUGCCUAUUAUUAAGAAUUACCCGUACGUAUUCUAUUGUGAGAGAGUGUUUGCAAAAGUAGCCUUUAUUUAUAGUAUUUUAUUUAUAUGUAUUAUGUGUAUGUAUCCAAUGAAUAAAUAUAUAUUAUGCAAUCA